CGUUCGCAGCUCCCAGCGUCUCAGAAAGUGCAUCAGUCUGAAAGAAACCCCCAUCCGACGGCCAUCACCCACUCGUCCAUCCCUUGCCACUGCCAUAUCGCAAACUUGAAGUGUCUUGCCGCCACGGGCGUAUCCGAACCCCCUUUGAGAGAACGACCAGACCCUGAAAAUCUGUUCCUUUGACCCCAUUCCGGCAUUGGCGUUGGCCUUGUACUCCUGCAGUCUGCGCUCUGCACCACCAUCAUCUGCGCCUACUGCUAACUACCUAGUCCUUGCCACCUGUUGUCCAGCUCAUUCCCUUUUCGAGCUGCUGGACCUGCAUAACUCCGGUGCAACAAUCGCCCUGUGGGCAUCUUCAAUUGUGCACAAGACGCGCCGACUGCUGGACACGGUUCGCGUUGUCGAUCGACACUUACCGCCGGCUCAAAGCUAAGACGCGGCAUCGACAGCAGCACCACGGUCCGAUCACAAAGAACAACGACCGCCUGUGGGAGAGCAGUCAUCCGUGUACAAAGAUAUGGCACAAGGAACACAAUCCAUAAAAUGUGUGGUGACGGGUGACGGUGCGGUGGGAAAGACAUGUUUGCUGAUAUCCUACACAACCAAUGCCUUUCCUGGCGAAUAUAUCCCCACAGUCUUCGACAACUACUCUGCUAGUGUCAUGGUAGAUGGAAAGCCUGUGUCUCUUGGACUCUGGGAUACCGCCGGUCAGGAAGAUUACGACAGACUACGACCUCUCUCAUACCCCCAGACGGAUGUCUUCCUGAUAUGCUUCUCCAUUGUUUCUCCCCCCAGUUUCGACAACGUCAAGGCCAAGUGGUACCCCGAGAUCGAACAUCAUGCCCCUGGCGUACCUAUCAUCCUCGUCGGGACCAAGUUGGAUCUGAGAGAAGACAAAGCCACGGCCGAUAACCUGAGGUCGAAGAAAAUGGAGCCUGUAUCUUACGAACAGGCUCUCAUGGUGGCCAAAGAGAUCAAGGCUGUCAAAUACCUCGAAUGUUCAGCACUCACACAACGGAAUCUGAAGAGUGUCUUUGAUGAGGCCAUCAGAGCCGUCCUCAACCCUCGACCGACAACCACCAAGAAGAAGUCGCGAUGCACCAUUCUCUAGCAGUUUUUGAGCGAGCUUCUGAUUUUUAGGGCUGCGAGGGGUGUAUAUGGGAUGCAUUGCAAGAGGUGGACAUAGACUUCCCGGCUUCACUGCUUGCACCUUCUCACAGUCUAGCUUGUUGUUUUCUUGCAACAGAUACAGUCAACGGAGGGACUGCAAAGUCGUGUCCAUCAUACGACUAAUAACGUGCAAUCUAACUGGGAUGGGGGCGUUCAUAUAGGAAGCGAUCCAAGGGCUUGUGUGAUCAAAACAUGUGCUUCAGAAAUUUCAUUCCAUGUAAAUGCUCAUGCGCCAAUGCCAGCGGAGCACAACCAUCAAUCAGUGCUGGACACGAGAAAGUCGGCUGGGAUGGACUACACCCCGGUUGUCCUGAGGUGCCUCGCCCGACUCGGCAUUUGCACCUGUGCCAGGAGCUCCCCUGCUCUUGCGAGCAGCUUUCUCUUUAU